GUUUUAGAACUCGGUAAGAUGUUGGAUUUCUGACUUAUAAUCUGUUGGGAGCGGUGUUCUUGGUUGGAAUUCUCCCCUAACUCCACUUCUGAGCCUGGAUUUGGUUUUAGAACGAUGAAGGACAGCCAAAACCCCAAAUAUGACAGGAUAAAUCGCGAGUACUGUUCAUUCCGAGUUUGAUUCUCGCGCUUGAUAAAGGUUUGUUUCUUGCCGUUCUUUAUUCGAAUCUCACAUCUAAUUAGAUUUCCGAGCUUGGAUAUGUUUUUAUGAUGUUGAUUUAUGGCUAUAAACUCAAGAAUGAACUGAUUCGGAGUGCGGGCUUACUAUUCACUUCUCAGAACUGAUUUCUGUAAUAAGCUUCGAUUUCGGUGUUUGAGAUUCGCCUAUUGUUUUAUUUCUGUGUUUGAGAUUCGUCUGUCCUAAAACGAACCCAUAGAGGUCGGUCUUUGCGAAUAACAAAGUUCUGGCUACUGUCUAUUGUCGGAACCUGGGGCUGCAGCUAACAGCUCUGCUAUGGUGAGGAAGAAGCAGGGGUCCGUGGAGCCUUCGACGGUGAGAACGACCAGGUCCAGAUAUGCUCUCCUUGCUGACAUGGAUGAGGACUUACCAGCUCUUUCAGAUGGGACUACUCGGAAGAAGUUUGUAAAACCUGGGGCUGCAGCUAACAGAAACUCUAAGACAGAGUAUGCAGGAGAUGAGUAUGCGGGAGAUGCUACUGCUGGGAAUUACUCCAACCCAGGAGCUGGGCAGAACAGUUUGAGGGCAGCACGACACAUUUCAAAGGAGAAGGGUGUUCCUAACGAAGAUGAGAGGGCUAUGAUUGUGGAAAAAAGAGCUUGUAUGGCAGCUAUGCUGGAACCGGAAGGAACCAAAGGAGCUGUCGGGCAGACCUAUGAUGCUGGACAGACCUAUGUGCAGGCAGAAAAACCUGCAGCUACUGCUAUGAGUGUUGAACGUGUGACAAAAGCUGAGAAUGCUUUGACAAUCCCCAAAGAGACAGGAAUGAGUAAGAAACCAUGGAACACACUCUUUAAGGAUAACCGUGAUCCAACUCAUGGAAUCAAACCGAGGUUUAUUCAGCCAAAAGGUAGUGAUUUGGAUUUCACUAACAAGGUUAUGCUGACUAUGGUUGAGAUGUGGGGACACUGUUUAGUUGGAUGCUUUACAGGUCGGUUCCCUGGCCUCAAGGCUGUCUAUGAACUGAAAGAAAAAUGGUGCGUGAAGUGCCUUAUUAGGCCCCAUGACAAAGGUUGGGUUAUUUUUAUAUUCCAAAACGAUGCGGAUAGAAUGAAAGUUUUGAAUGACGGACCGUAUACCAUAUUUGGAAAAAUGCUUAUGCUUAAGGUACUGUGUGAGGACUUCUCAUUUGAGGAUGAAGAAUUCCUCAAGGUGCCUAUUUGGGUCAAACUUCCAAAUUUACCAAUGCAAUUAUGGAAUGAGGAAGCAAUGAGUGAGGUGGCUUCUAUGAGUGGGACUCCGUUAACGACAGACAGAAUCACCCAAGAGAGGGCAAAUCACAAUUUUGCUAGAAUACUUAUCGAAGUGGAUGUGUCAAAGCCGCCGCCACUAUCCUUUCCCAUACGCUUACCAUCCCAAAAGAUUUUCAAUCAACGAGUGGUGUAUGAAACUUUUCCAAAUUUCUUUUUUCAUUGCAAAAAAUAUGGGCACCACCCAUUUAUUUGCAAAGAGCUAGCUGAAAAGGAACUAAAGGAGGAAAAUGGGAAAGAAAAGAACAAGGAAGUUGGUAUUAUUAAUGUUGCUGCACAUGAGCUUACUGAUUUAGAGGUUACUGCUAUAGAUAAUUCCUCCCUGGGUGUAGCUACUACUUUGGAAGCUGCUACUACUUUUCAAACAAGAACUCUCGUCGAACCUGCUGCUAAAGAAGCUGCUGGGAACGUUAGUCACGCACAGAUCGAGGUAAGGGAGGUUGGAAUGGAAGCCGUUGCGCCGGAAGUUGCUGUUAUUGCGCCAGAAAUAGCUGCUGGGAUAGAUGAAGCGCCGGAACCUACUGCUGCACCGAACCAAAAUGGCAACAAAACCACAUGGGCCGAACCAAAUUCUGAACCGGCUGAGGCGGAGAGGGCAGCACGGCCCCCUGCACCAAAGAAGGGUCCGAGUAAGAAAAUGGUUUUUAAAAUAAGCAAAUGCCCAGGCUACUGACCUUCGGGUUUUAGUUAUCUAAUGAGUGAGUUUUAGCGCUAGAAGGAAUUGAAGCUACUGUCUGCUGAUUUUUGGAUGGGGAAGCUACGGCUCUAUUUGAUUGGCUGGAUAAUUAGCUUUAUUUCAUUAGUGAUUUUGUGAGGUGGGGGUUGUCCCAUUACUUUGAUGCAUUAUAUCUAGGUUAGUUUAUCCUAACUUAGAUAGUCAUUUUGAUCUCGUUUUGAUGCAUUGUAAAAUGCUAUUUUUGGGUGGCUUAUAUAUAUUUACAUUUCAUCCAAAA